AAGGAAGGAGCGAUGGAAUGGAAAACAUGCUUCGCUUUGCUGAGAAUAUCCAUGUGGACUGUCGACACAGAUUAAUUUACACGUUCAUCGUGUAAACCUGUCUUCGGCGUUACUGAUGAGGUAAUGAACACUACAACCAAAGUAAAGGUUAUGCAGAAGGUUGGAACAGCCUCAACCUCAAUGAUUCCAAGGAUGGAGAUCCACAGUAGUCCCCCCUGCAGCUUUAACGGGGAACGGCAGUGUGAGGACGGCUCCUGUAUACAGGCUGUGGAUUUAUGUCCUGAGGAACAGCUGAUGAACCAGAACACCAUCCUCAUAAUGAUUGUUGUCGGCCUGGCUGUCGUCAUAUUCCUCAUUGUUUUAUACUGUUUCCAACAGCGUCAAAGAGAAGGCAACAGACGUCCUGGCUCAUUCACAGAGGCUAAUGGGGAUGACGAAGACCAUGCAUCUCUAUAUAUGCCACCACCUACAUAUGAAGAGGUUGUCACUACAGAUCUGUACCCGCCCACACCACAAAUGAGGCUCGCACGGGGCCGGAUUACAUCUACUGAGGAGCCGCCUAUGACCCCACCCCCUAACUAUGAUGUAGCUUUAACCAUCCUUGCCAGGAGCCACGAGUCAGUAUUUGGAAAAAUUCCAUUUAUCAGACGCAAGUCAUCAUGUGUGUCGCGUCGUAGUUUCUCUGUGGACAAUGUAAACAAUGUUGAGUUAGCUCCGCCUCCUGUGAAUGCAAAUGUGACUACAAUAGCGGAACAGGACAGUAGUAGUUGUGAUAAAAAUACCAUAGAGGUCAUCAGUGACCGGUGACCCCAGUGACCGCCACGGUCGACUUACACACAGACUCGGUGGCUUUAUCAGUGGGGAUUGGUGGAAGACUUGAUCCAUUGUCCUGGAAACUUCUGAAUAACUCAACAUGUUCAACAUCCAUAUCUUUUUUUGAACAUCCUGGUUCCUCAUUUAAAUUGAAUGAAUUCCUCAUCUGUGUUUUAGCAGAGAUUUCAUUUCUCAAUGUCCCUUUACAUUUAUUAAACACUUGAAUUAGCUAGUAUACUGAGGAAUACCAAAGUUCCCAGUUAUCCUAACCCUGUCAGCAAAUUAAUUUGGGCAAAAUAUUGAUGGACGAUGACACACUGAUAAUGUUAAUGUGUUGAUACCUUCCCAUGAGUGACCUUGUAAAUUUGGCCAUCACCUUUCUUUUCCCGCACUUCUACACCAUAUUGGAAAUGAAGAUGGAGUCCAAAAGGACUACACCAUAUUGAUGGGAAAUGAGAAUGGAGUCCAAAAGGAUUACACCAUAUUGAUGGGGAAUGAAGAACUAAGUCCAAAAGGACUACACCAUAUUGACGGGAAAUGAAGGUGAAGUCCAAAGGGACUACACCAUAUUGACGGGAAAUGAGAAGUACUAGCUGUGGGUUGUACAUAUGUAUAUAAUGUCACCGUACUGACUUACCAUGCUUCAUUGACUCUGUUCUACAGCACGGAACACCCAGCUUUAAUUCCUGUCAGGCCAUUUUUUUUUCCACUGCUUGAAUGAUUCGGGUGAUCUUUUUGUAUUUAUUGAUAAUUUAUUGAUAAUUUAUUGAUACUUAACCUUCAAUACUGACAAACAAAUCUGCUUGUACAUAAUGUAGUCUGAUUACAUGAACACUGGAGUCGGUAAAUUGUGUUCAUUUGUCAGAAAACUGUGAUUGUUAUUACGUAAUACAUAUACAAAUACAGUAAUUAUGUAAUACAUAUUUCACAAAUAUAGUAAUUACGUAAUACAUAUUAUACACAUACAGUAAUUACGUGAUACAUAUUACACUAAUAUAGUAAUUACAUAAUACAUAUUAUACAAAUAUAGUAAUUAUGCCAGACUUGCUGAGGUAAGUGCAAUAGAUAUGUUUUAUGAAGAUGGUUACACCUCAUGUCUUGUUCCAAGGUAUACAGGGGACAUAACUCUUCAUCACAUAUCGCCAUAAUGUACACACUGGGUACCAUUUAUACAAGGGACAUAACUCUUCAUCACACACCACACUAAUGUACACACUGGGUACCAUGUAUACAGGGGACAUAACUCUUCAUCACACACCACAAUACUGUACACACUGGGUACCAUGUAUACAGGGGACAUAACUCUUCAUCACAUACCACAAUAAUGUACACACUUGGUACCAUGCAACAGGGGACAUAACUCUUUAUCACAUAACACAAUAAUGUACACACCGGAUACCAGGUAAACAGGGGACAUAACUCUUCAUCACAUACCACAAUAAUGUACACACCGGAUACCAGGUAAACAGGGGACAUAACUCUUCAUCACAUACCACAAUACUGUACACACUUGGUACCAUGUAUACAGGGGACAUAACUCUUCAUCACUUAACACAAUAAUGUACAAACUGGGUACCAGGUAUACAGGGGACAUAACUCUUCAUCACACACCACAAUAAUGUACACACUUGGUACCAGGUAUACAGGGGACAUAAAUCGUCAUCACACACCACAAUAAUGUACACACUUGGUACCAGGUAUACAGGGGACAUAACUCUUCAUCACAUACCACAAUACUGUACACACUGGGUACCAUGUAUACAGGGGACAUAAAUCUUCAUCACACACCACAAUAAUGUACACACUUGGUACCAGGUAUACAGGGGACAUAACUCUUCAUCACACACCACAAUAAUGUACACACUUGGUACCAUGUAUACAGGGGAGGUAACUCUUCAUCACACACCACAAUAAUGUACACACUGGGUACCAUGUAUACAGGGGACAUAAAUCUUCAUCACACACCACAAUAAUGUACACACUUGGUACCAGGUAUACAGGGGACAUAACUCUUCAUCACACACCACAAUAAUGUACACACUUGGUACCAGGUAUACAGGGGACAUAAAUCUUCAUCACACACCACAAUAAUGUACACACUUGGUACCAGGUAUACAGGGGACAUAACUCUUCAUCACACACCACAAUAAUGUACACACUUGGUACCAUGUAUACAGGGGACAUAACUCUUCAUCACAUACCACAAUAAUGUACACACUUGGUACCAGGUAUACAGGAGACAUAACUCUUCA